ACCUCUGACUGAAAUCCCUAAAGCAGCCCCAGGGGUCCCCUCUGACACGGAGGUGGAGCAGACAGUUGCCAGGAACAUAACCCUCUAGACCUUUAAGGAGAAAGCUGCUAGCUUUCUCCUCUUGGGGCCCCUAAAUGCUCUGAGAGUCAGGGGGAGUACAGGCAGGGGAUCCAGGUCCCCAUGGGGGCUGGCAGGGGACAGCUGAGCAUUCUACUUCUCCUGCCAGGGUUCAGCCUUCCUUAGACAUAGGCUGCGAAGGUUGUCUGCCUUGAGGGAAGGAGCUCCUGACAUCACACAGCCGUGGCGCUUCCACUCAUCCUGUCCCCAAGGAGCCUACACUCUGAUGGGGGAGAACUGCCGUGGCGGAGAACCAGAGUCUGAGGGGGGAGGCACAGUCCUUACAGACCCCCCAGGCUGAUGGGGGGAAACAAAACACACAAGAAACCCCAAACCUGCAAGGUUCUGGGGCAGGCACCGAGGUCCGAGUGUCAAGGGGGCGGAACCCAGGCCUGUGUUUGGGAAAGGCGGUGUGGAGGCCCCUGGGGCUGCUGUGAUCGGCCUGGAAUGCCAGGCUGUGAGCUCAGCCUCUUGGCCUGCGUGUGUUGGGCUGUCAGCAAGCCGGCGCACGGGAGAAGGUUUCCAGCCCCCUCUGGGCCAUGGAGAGGCCUAAAUUUAGCUAGUAGACAAGGGGCUGGCCCCGAGCCCAGGGACAGUCGGCCUUAUAAAGCGGCCACCGUCAGGGCCCAGCACGCUCCCCCAGAGGCCUGUGCCCACACCCUCUCCUGUCCAGUCCCUGCCCGCCUGGACAGGGCCCGGCGCCGCCCGUGGAUGAGCCACAGGACCUCUUCCACCUUCCGAGCGGAGAGAAGUUUCCAUUCCUCCUCCUCUUCCUCCUCCUCUUCCACCUCCUCCUCGGCCUCCCGUGCCCUCCCGGCCCAGGACCCACCCAUGGAGAAGGCCCUGAGCAUGUUUUCCGAUGACUUUGGCAGCUUCAUGCGUCCCCACUCGGAGCCCCUGGCCUUCCCAGCCUGCCCUGCGGGACCAGGCAACAUCAAGACCCUCGGAGACGCCUAUGAGUUUGCAGUGGACGUGAGGGACUUCUCACCUGAAGACAUCAUCGUCACCACCUCCAACAACCACAUUGAGGUGCGGGCUGAGAAGCUGGCAGCAGACGGCACGGUCAUGAACACCUUCGCUCACAAGUGCCAGCUGCCGGAGGAUGUGGACCCUACAUCGGUGACCUCGGCUCUCCGGGAGGACGGCAGCCUCACCAUCCGGGCACGGCGCCACCCGCAUACAGAGCACGUCCAGCAGACCUUCCGGACAGAGAUCAAAAUCUGAGGGCCUCUCCUUUCCCUUGCCCUGCCCCCCCACCCCCACGUCUGCCAGCAAAGCCUUCCUAACCCCAUUUCAACAGCUCCAGACCAUCUCAGCCCAGGUUCCAGCCCCUAUGCUCCCCAGGCCCCAGGUGGACCAUCCUCCCGUACUAGGGCCCUCCACUCUAUCCAGAGCAGGCCAGGAGAGUCCCUGGCCUGAGGCAUGGUGCCCAGAUUUCAAAUAUGGCUUCCCUCACUUAAUCCAGAGUAGAGGGGCCGGGGUAGGGGAAGGAAUAUCUAAAGAACCUGCUGUGGGUCAGGGGAUUGGGACCAGCAGGACAUCUGGGCAAGCUCUGCGGGACAGACAGACAGACAGACAAACACUCUGAUCUAUGAAGUCCCUGCAGGGCAAGGGGAGCAGGGACCUGGAAUCCCCUUGGCCAAGGGGAGCAGGAGAGACAGAGGGAAGGUCACAGGCAGGGGUGUCUAUCUAAGUGGAACUAACUGCCCGAGGGCUCACCAAGGCCAAGAGGAGACAGCCGUGACGGUAAACUUCCCCUCUGCCAGCCUCCAACCCUCACGCCAGUGAGCAGGCUGCCUGCCCGCCCUGUGCCCCCAGCCAGCUGGCUGUGCCAGAGCAGAGCCAUGCCACAUCUGUAUAUAGAUGGGGUUUUUCCAAUACACCUGAUUCGUGAUAAACUGCAUGAAACUCCUGCCGUCCCAUGCCUGCUGGGGCCUUCAGCAAGGUCAGGUAGGGUUGGGGGUGGGGCUGGUCCUUCUCCCUCCCACCCACAGGCCUAUGUUCCUGGGCUGUUCCCAUGCAGACAGGAUCACUCAACAGAGGUGGAAGCCAGGGCAUGGAUGGGGCUUUGGGUCCUAAAGGCUGGACCUCAGCUUCUUGCCACCUUCCCCUCUAGGCAGUCGCCUCGUCAUCCGUACCCCUCUUUAAUCUAUGAAUUUAUAGGCCUGGUGUGUGUAACACACACACCCUUAUCCUUGUCCUUCAAAUACUCAGCAUGACCAUUGGUUGAGGCCAGAUUCAGAGUUUUCUCAAUUCAGAUUUACAAUCUCCAUUUUCAUCAAUGGGGAAACCAUCUGUGAGCCAUUGAGUGCCCGGCUUUGCUGUUGAAGGUUAGAUCUAAACCCAGGGUGUCAACAGCUGCUCUCAACCCCCCAUCUCUGGGCAAUGAGGAGUAUUUCCCCUCAUUCUACCUCUCCAGGGCUAUGCACCCCUCCCACGUCUUCCAGCGGGGGAGAGGGGGAGUCAGAGGAAAAGCCCCAAUCUCCCAUCUGGGAUAGCGACCUUCCAUCAGCCUUAACCCUGGGGAAUGCCUGCUGCCCCCAGUGACUCUUGGCUUUGGCUCCCACAUACAGAAGCAGGGUGGAGGGAAAGGGUGGUCCUCAGUUAGUGGGUCCCCAGGGCAAGUCGCAGUCCAGCCUCCUCCCUCCGCGCCUCUCAGGUCAGUGUGCCAUGGGGUGGCCUCUCACUCCUGCCACUCUGGGCCCCCUGGGGGUGGACUCUGGAGGGGUGUGUGGGAAAGCCCUGUGGCUGGAACCUGUAUACACAAUAAAGGACAGUCUCACAGCCU